AUGUCUUGGUGUAGUAAGGUUGUACGGCGGCCUACCCUCCAAGAUACAACAACCUAUGAUCCUCAUAAGUGUACACUCGCAAUACUUGGGUCGGAUGAACAACUCGAAUCUUUCCUUGAUAAAAGAAAACAAAUUGAAACGCAAAAACUCAAGAAUGUGGAGGAGAAAAUAAUGAAGAAAGGUGCCAAUCUUAUUUCUCUUUUUUCAAACGUAUAG